UGUCUUAUCUAAUAUUGCAUGAAGUAUGGAAAACAAACAAGGCUAAUCUCAUACAUGCAUCUGUACAUGUGAAUGUUGCAUCCUGUCACCUUUUAGGGGGCUGAUGACAGCUAGAUUGUUUUGGAAAGAGGAAGGACCAUCAUUUGCAGGUUUAAUCAUCUUAUGAUGCUCAGAACUAUUUAAGAGCUUAUGGGAAAGUGUGUGUUGACAGAGAGCCGCAUCCUGACCCCCUCGACACAUGUGAGACAGAAACAGAAGAGCAGCAGAUCAUCAUUGAUUCAGUGGGCAGUGCUUGCUAUUGGUCUUGUGAAUAUGGAUGUCUCCAAGCCUAAAGCCAUCAGCAAGGUUGUCAUACGGGCCACGGCGCCCGGCACUCCCCACAAGGGCCCGCCCAAAUUCAAACAGAGGUCAACACGCCAGUUCAAGAGCAAGCCGCCCAAAAAGGGUGUCAUUGGAUUUGGCGAAGAUAUUCCUGGAAUGGAGGGAUUGGGAACAGACUUUAACGUGAUCUGUCCGUGGGAGGCGUACAGUCACCUGGAGUUACACGAGCUGGCCCAGUAUGGCAUUAUAUGAGGUCACUUCCUGUUCCCACUGAACAACAUCCUGCACCUUAAUAUGUCAUUUAAAUAUGAAUAUUCAUACAGAAAUAUCGUUGGUUGAUGUUUGGUCAGUUAUGUAUGACAGCAGUCAUAAAUUAGCAAUAAUGAACUGGAUGUUAGUUGAUCUACCUCUUCAAAUUUCCUGUAGAACUAGAU